GAAUCUAUGUAUAAUUUGUUGAGUGCUAGAGUUCAUUUUCACACACACUACAUUAUAAAGUAUACCUACGCUCACUCAACAAAUAAGUCGGUCGAUACUGUGCUAUUAUUAUUACUUUGGUCUGUCUCGGCGCUCGGUUUGAGCGAACUCAAGCUGAGCGAGCGAGGUCAUUACAUUAUGAAGCGUUAUGGGACCAGCCGAUAAUAAUUCUUCGCAGUUGCGCUCGGGGCAAAUGGUAUCUUCCAUAGAACGUUGAAUAAAGAUAACUGCGUACUGUAUCUUCUGUGUGUGAAAGAGACAAUAUGCUGCAACGGCGUCGACUACCUAGGAAGUUGCCUGCUAGGCAAUACUGGCACUUCAGUAUUCUGGCAUAGGCGUCGGUGUCGGUGUUUCAAUACCUGAACGCUUGUGACUGAGCAAAGCGAAAUUUUAUUCGGUCAGCCUGGAUACAGCUCGGUGUUCGUUCGUGAUCGAAUGACAUUCGUUCGGUCGCUUAUGGUGUCGGAAUAUUAUUAUUCCAAGCAAAUUAAACUCGAUUAAAGUUAUAUUAUGCAAAGAAGAUACAUCCGGUUUGUACAAAAAAAUUGUGCAUAAUUCGGUGAACACUUCUGCAAUACUCUGAAAUUUUGUGGUUCCCGCUUGUCAUAUUUGGCCGGCCAUCUUGUAAAAUGCUUAUUCGUAUAGCUGAAACGAAAAUUGUUUGAUUUUUUAUUUUUCUUUGCUUUUUCAUAAGAUAAAUAAUGCUUAUUAAAAGAGGUUUAUAAGCGUACUUUAUAAAAGUCGAAAGUGGAUUAUUGUUAUGAAUUGGGUGCCAGUUGGGAGCUGAACUUUAGUGAAUAACAAUAACAAUUAGAAGUUCGGAUUAAACAAAACAUCGGAAGUUCUUUUUCAAUUGGACAAUGAAUGUGUACCAUGGCUACGAGAAUUGAAUCUGAGUAUCCUCCGUCACCAACAAACAAUGAUUCAGAUGUUGAGGAGGAGGAGCCCAUUGAUGAUGAUUUUGAAGAGGAAAAAUAUGAUACUAAGACAAAUAGUAAUGGAAAUGGUUUUGCGGAUAUAUUAAAAAGACUCGAGUCUGCCGGAGCUCUAUUGAAAAAACCUAAAAAAGAGUAUCGUUGUAGAACCUGCGAUGAGGAUUUUGUUGAUUGGGAAGACCUGGAAAAUCAUUUAUAUCAACAUGUAUCACUGCCCUCGGUGGUACUGGAAAGGCUGCCUUCAGAUGAUGAGGAUAUGGUCGCAUCCGAAGAUGACAAUUGGUCUGAUGACGAGGAACUACAGCUUCCACACAAACAAGAAGUGCACAAGACGCCACAAAAAGUGGAUAUCACUGAAAUCCUAAAGAAGACUGGCCUUACAAUUAAAAAAAGUGACACAGGUAAAAGUUCUGAUGCAGCAUUAAAUAAAUUAAGCAAUUUAGGAUUUACAAUAAAGAAAAGUUCUACUCCUAUUAAGAAAGAAAAGAUUGAGGAAAGAAAUGAGCAAAGUGAUAGUAACAGAAAUAGAAAAGUGGUGAAUAUAAAGCUAAAGCUUAAAUCAGAUGGCAAGAAUAAUAAUACAUUUAAAGUUGUUAACGGCUUAAAAGGUUUUAGACCAUCUGAUGAUGAAGAUGACGAAAGUGAACACGAAGGCGGAAAUGAUGAAGAAUUUGGCGACGAUAAAAGUAAAAGUAAAGAAGAAGACGAAGAAGACUUUGAAGCAGACUCUGAUGAUGAACAAUAUUUAAAUGAUAGCCGACGUAGUUCAGAAAACAGUGAGUCUGGCAAAAAUGAUUUACAAAGUCAGAUGAAGAAAUUACAAGGAAAACAAAUUAAAAUUGAACCUAUUAAAAUACAAAAAUCAGACUUGCUAAGCAAGAAAAUUGUGAAAAAAUCACCUGCUAAGAUGGCUAUUAAACAGGAUGCAUCGAUGGAGCAGAACAAAGAAAUUCUCAAAAGAGAUACCCCAAUUGUAAAACCUUUGGGCAGACCGUCAGUUAAACAAACACCAAAAAGAGGUCCAAACAACCCUCUACCUAUUAAGAGUCAAGAGUCGCAACAGACAAGUCCAUCACCAACAAAAGAAGUUCAGAAAACACCGGAAAGACGAGAGUCCCACGAAGUUAAUCCUUCAAAUGUUGUAGUGAAACAGGAAGUUCACGAUUUUUCAGAGACGGAAUCAAAAAGCGUAUCACUUAUAUCACAAGAAAUCAAAUCUGAAAGAACUUCACCUCCAUUGGACAGAGCGCCUACACCUAUAAUACCGAAGAUUAAAACUGAGCCGGGCCUAUCAAAUGCAAAUUCUUUUCUGCCGGUUACAAAGACUGAAGACUCAAAUGUAACUAUAAUAGAAAUAAAUGGCGACUCUAACGACGAAGACGACGAUUGUUGUGUAGUGUCCUCUACGCCCGCAUCUGAUGUCAAACCAAUUGUUCCUAAAACGGAGGCGACACCAUUGCCGCCUACUUAUUCGACGGCAUUGACCUAUCCGUCUUCUUCCCAACCCAGCUAUUCCGGAGCACCGGUUCUAGCAUCACGACUUUCGUCUACGCCGUCAUUAGAAAAGCAACAUAACUUUAACUGGAAUGCCCCAGAUUCAAAACCACCUAUAGAUAUGCUCGAAAAAAGUGCUGACGAUAUUUUUGAAAGUCUCCUAUCGUCUUCGACAAAGAAAGAGAACAUGUCAUCGUUAUCUGAAGUCAGUGAGUAUAUAUCUCUGGACACUUUAGGGCCGAAGCAUUCGUGUGAAGUGUGCAAUACCAGAUUUACUGAUAUAUCACUAUUGGAAGAGCACAGGAGAAUGACGGGUCAUUCAAACAGUCUUGUGGCAUCAUCAUCAUCCACGCUCCUACCCUAUACUCCCGCAUCGAACUUAUUGUCAACAUUACUACCGGUCAAAUUAGCCGAGCAGGUGGGCAAGCUCUCCACCAUUGGUAAUUCAGGACCCGGUUUUACCCACCAACAAAAUGUGAUGAUUAAUAUCCAAGCAUAUCCUGGAGCAGGAGGAGUCAUGCAGCCACCUCCACAGCCGUACAACUCGUACGGCCAACAGGGGCACAAUCAACAAGGGGGAUAUACUCAAACCCCAAACAUGUAUGCUCCAUCCCCAGGGCAGUCCAUGCCGGGACAAUAUCCGGGAUCCACUUAUCCUCAGAGUCCUGGUUAUGGUCAGUAUACGACACCUAUGUCGACAGCUGGUUAUCCGGGAGCGAUGCCAACAAAUGUUUAUUCAACUGCAUCCCCACUACAAAGCAUGCAGCAAGCUGUCUAUGGACAAAGCGCAACCGGCAUGAUGAACCAACAGCCGGCUACGAUGAUGGGCCCCCCAGGAUCCUCGCCUAGUCAAGUUUACUCAUCGGCAUCGAGUCCUAACGCCAUGAAACAAUCGAAUAACAUAAGAAUUCAGAACGUACAAACCUUUCCUCCUGGUCACUUAGGACAGACUAUUAAUUCGGGUCAAACAACUACGUCAGGUCAGCAGGUUGGCAUCAACCAGCAACCUAUGCACGGUCAGAAUAUGUCUAUGGGACAGCCGAUGCAAGGUCAAAUAACGAAUCCCACACAGAUUCGCAUGGCGGUUGGAGCCAACAACCCGGCGCUUCCUCGAACGCGAAUGCCGAACGUUCGUGGUCCACGGCAAGCGAUACGACCUAUCGUGCAACAGGGACAGGUCAGAGGUGGAGCUGCCAAAGGCCCUAGAAUGCCUUUGAAAAGACCUGGACAAGUAAUCGGGGGCACCCCUCAGAAGAGACGGACGGACGUGCUGCUGCCAGGUAAGCAUGACAACGAAGAUUGUCAAGUUAUGUCGAUGCAAAAGCAACGCGAAGGGUUGCCUUUGAUCCACAGUGUACAAGGUGCCAAAGACAAAUUGAAUUUCGGCAGCCAAAUCUCUAUAACAAAGAAAACUGUGAACAAGGAAGCGAACGCGAUGGCCAACGUGUUAGCCUCGCGCGGUAUUAGUGUGAAGCAGAAACAGAAGAGUCGGUCUCCGACGCCCCCGCGCGCUCUGCCCAACUUACCUAACAUACCAGGUGUCAGCAUAAAACAUACAUCGAAAUCCAGUAAUUUCUCAAUACCAGAAGCUAAGAUCGGCGGCUCAAUGCUUUCCUGUAAGAUCUGCAAGAAGAUGUUCAUGAGCUCGACUUCAUUGUCGGUACAUAUGUCAAACGCUCAUCCGCAGAGCAAGUUACCUUUGUUUAAAUGCGACGAGUGCCCCGCCUCCUACCCCAAGUCACUGCAAUUGCAACAUCAUAAACGUGUGUUCCAUAAUGUGACUGGUCCCGACAGGGAAUUGGGGCUGCCUGUUGUAGAUCUAUCGCAAGAAGACAAUUUACAAAGGUUGAGUAAUUUAGGUAUAUACAGUUUUAUUCCGUUAGCAAAUCGGGAGCAAGGUAACGGAUGUUUCGGUAUACCGGUAAUAUCAGUACAUAAUGUCCAGAAUGGUUUGACAAGUGGUCUGCAGGCGCUCGGCGCCGAUGGACUUUUAAGUCUCGGCCCUCUCAAGCCAUUACCUAAUUCUUAAACAUAAUUUCGUGAUUUUAGAUUUAACAUAAUGAAUGUGCAAAUACGUAAAAUAAUCUCGUUGUCUAUAGUAGUAUAAGUAUCAUCUCAAGUAAUUUAUAAUAAAAGCGACAAUAUUCAUAAUGUUUUGGUUUAUGCGAAUCUCGCAUAAGACCAAAAAAUGUAAGGUCAAUCAAUAAUAAUUGUGUUCUAUUUAAAUUGUUCAGUCACAAAGUAGUAUAGUUGCUUUAUAAUGUAUCUAUAUAUUUACUUUGUAACCUAACCUCAGAGUAAUACUAAAGUCAAUUUCCUUCCAAAUGACAAUCCGCCUUUUCAAAAACUAUAGGUUCGCUCCGUUUCCCGACGCUUUUCUAAGAAUAAGCGUAUUAUUAAUGAAGUAAUGCCUGGUUUACGUAAGGACAGUAUUGCUGGCUUGAUAUGGACUGCUUUGACUCAUACAUGCCAGUUAUUGUUUACAUAACGCCAAUGUAUGUCAGCGGUGAUAUUGAGCACUACUGUCCUACUGUACUGGUAUAAUUUAAACCAGGCACAAGCUAUUAUAAGUUAGAGAGAGAAUAAUUAAAAUACUGAUUUACGUUAAGAGGAUGUUUUGUAAUCGUGUAGGCAGCUCGACAAUUAACUGUUUUUUAAUGACGUAAGAAAAUUCACAAAAUUUUGUGGCAUCUUAAAAUUAUGUCAUCGAAUUGACGACUUGUUAGUAAUUGUCAAUAUCUGGACAUAAUAACUUAUAUUGUUUUUGCAAUGUUGAUGGCAAAUGUCGCGCUUUCUUUAUUCCUUCAUUUUGUUUUUGAUCUCUAGCCAAAGUAUGAGAAAGGAGAUUUAACCAAGCGCAUAUAGAACGAACAAGAUUUGAGUGGCGGCUCCACUGUCGCUAAUAGAGUGACCUGAUUGGUUGACAAUAAUGCCCAGCUUACAUUAUUCCAGUCCAGAGAUAGGUAAUCAACGCUUCAUUGCAACUAUAAAUAACAUUUUCGUUAUUUCGCCGCUAGUUCCUAUUUCCGCCACUUUCAAAAACCUUAGAACAUAUUCAACGAUUAGUUUUAUGUUAUUUUACAUGAAUACUACUUUUUUUUACAAGUCAGUUGCCUGUCACCUUAAAAAUGUUAGUGAUUUCAAAACUAGAAAUUUCACUAAGUUUUUUUUUUAUGUAAUAAGCCUAAAUACUUAAAGUAGCUUUGUAAAUUGUCGCCAAAAGUCUAUUUUUAAGAUUUAAAUGUAUGAUAAAAAUAUAUUUUGUAUGACAUAAUAAGUUCUUAAAUAAGGAAUUAAAUUAGAUUUUUUUAGUCACAAGAAUUAUUGACAGGUGUUAGUUCUAUCUUCUAUUAUAAAAUAUUUAUAUUAUAUUUAAAUGUAUAUUGUUUCAUAAAAUUAAAGCAUACAAGAGAUUAUUUAAACUAAGACAAGUCAAGAAUGGUUCACAGUGGAUUUUGGAGACCAAAAUCUCGGUUUAAAACAUAUUAUCUCUGUUUUGUCAUAGAUAAUGAGAGGGAUGAAGAUUGUUUUAUAGAGAUUUUGGUCUCAGAAACCAACAAUUAAUAUUUUUUGCCUUUUCAUUUUUUGUUUGUUCAAUUGUGCCUGUUUUAACUUCAAUCCCUCAAGGCUGUAGUAAACUUAUUAUUUUCAUGAGUGUAGUACAACCAAUCUUAGUAACAGGCACUUUCAGAAAAGAAAGUUAGGGAUGGAUGAAGGUUUUAUUUGAUAUGUAAAAAAUGUAAAUAAGAAGUAAAAGAACUAAAGGAAGUUCGAAGAUUUAUGAAUAAAAAUUAUAACCAAAAUCAAAUGUUUUUGAUUUGU